GUUAUUUAUUCAGCCACGGAACCCAAGCGCGUCCUACCUUUUUCCCACCACCCGUUCCCCUUUCCCUGCCAUUUUUUCCUCCUCGUUUUCCCGUAAUAAUUUUUCGCAUAUUUCCUCUGGGGCAUGGCGGACUCCUCUUCUCUCUGCUUCUCCUCCUCCUUCCACCCCUUCCACUCCCCCUCUCGCUCCCUCGUCGAUUCCUCCCCUCUUUCCAAGCUCUCUUUCCCUUCUUCUUCUUCUUCUCCUCACCCAAGAUUCCUGGUUCUCCAUCGCCGAUCCGCUUGCCUCGUGCUAUGCCGCGCCAAAGAUUCCCAUGAAGGUGGCUGUUUUAGGGAAGAUCCCUAUGGCCCGUACCCUUGGGAAUCUUCGAACUCAUCUGAUGGAUCAACCAUUCAGUGGGUGCCUGAAGAUCGGAUUACCCUUUUUACUGCUGAAGGGCUUGUUCAGAUAGGAGGUUCCCUGUAUCCUCAUCGAUUUCCUGCUUCAGAUAAGAGGCAAGGAAAAUCAAAGUCAUCACAAAGAUUACAGCGCUAUCAGGAGAGUGAUUACAUGGAUCCCAACCAGGGGCUAUGUCUUGGUGCACUCUUUGACAUCGCAGCAACAAAUGGACUUGACAUGGGGAGAAGGUUAUGCAUCUUUGGGUUUUGCCGUUCAGUUGAAAUGCUAAGUGAUGUUGUGGAAGAUGCUGUUUUAGAGCAUGGCGGUGAGGUUGUUGCUGCAGAAAAGGGAAGCAGUGGAGGGCUGCAGGAGAGGUUGACCAUGACUCUUGCAGUGCCAUUGCUUUGGGGUGUUCCUCCUGCAUCUGAGACGCUUCACUUUGCAGUCAGAAACGGCGGAGGUAUUGUGGAGAAGGUCUAUUGGCAGUGGGAUUUUUUGUAAAAUCCCUGACUAACCAUUUGUCCAUAUUGUAUACAAUGUCCUUGUAAUUUGCUGAUUUGGAUCAUGGCACCUAUUCAUUCAUUGUCAUGUCCACUUGUAUUAGUUACCUGUACAAAAUUCCAAUUGUAAUAACUGCAGAUACUCGAAAUAUCUCAAAAUAGCUGUUUUGUUGCCA